AUGCCAAUUCUGAAAAGGUUUGGUGAUGGAAUGUAUUCAUGUGAUGAAAAAUUAAAAUUAAAAUUAAGGUAUUUAACUGGAUCCAAGUAUUCAUAUAGGUUAAAAGAAACAUUAGCUGUAGAUAACAUAGGCGCUAAGUUGCCUGAUGAGAUUUCUUUACAGG